AUGGCUGGUUAUGGAAACGGUGGAGGUUUUAAAACCUACAAGGAGGCGCAAAGAUACCAAGAUGACAGGGGGAAGCCAAUUACAACAGUAAGUGACUACCCUGAUCAUGUCUGUCAUCCUGUGAUCACUGCCUACUCAACCGAACAUGGCGUUGAGGGCUAUGUGGUGAGAGCUCAAAGAAUUGUUGAAGUUCGUCGUAGUUAUGGUCUACUAGACGAGUACGAUGUGUGCGAAGAAUGGGACGAUCAUAGUCCUAGGAAGGUCCAUGACUUCUUUGAUAAAAUUCAUAAUGAAGCUAGUCGACCAACUCAUCCCCCUCUUUUGAGCUCUCCAAAGAGGAGCACUAAUAAGCCUAGUUGGAGAAGUGAAGAUCACGACUCUCCCAAGUACAGUAAGCAUCGCGAUUUUAGUGACAAAGAUUGGGAGAAGUCAAGUGGAAGCCCUCUUCGCGAUAGGUUUGAAGGGUUGCACCUUCAAGAUAAUCGCGCAUCAAGUCCAUAUAAGUAUAAGAAUGAUGGUUAUGAAAAUCCUAGCUUCACUCACUCCAUAGGUUCUCCCAAGGCUGGCCAUUUCAAGGACUAUGGGGUCAACAACACAAGGGAUUCACCACCAAGAUCAAGAUUGACCCGUGAGGAUUGGGACAGCAGGAGAGGUGAUGAUGAUUAUGUAAAAAGUCCAUAUAGCAACAACCAAGAUGAUCAUGGCAAGCCAAGAUUCAAUGGAGGUUACAAGAAAACUAGUCCUCCACUUAGCCAGGCCACAAACGAUAUUGGCACUGCCAUGAAGAUCCUUGCGGAAGGUAACAAACCUCUGGCUUCUCCUACUUAUGCACCACACUCACAUUUUCCAGCAUCUUACUCGACUCUACAAAAAAAAGAAAGUUACCCUGAGAGAACUCAGGGUGGAAAGCCUCUGGUUUCAUCUGUUUCUACACAACCAACCCAUUAUCCGACAUCCGAAAGGAAAGAGAGCUACCCAGAACCAACAAAAGCAAUGAAGCCUCUGUUUUCCCCUGUUUAUUCACAACAACCACAUUCACCAACUUCAAGCCCGAUACCUCAAAGGAAAGAAAGUUACCCUGAAAAGACGCAUGGCCCAAAACCUUUGUUUUCCCCUGUUUAUUCACAGCAACCACAUUCACCAACUUCAAGUCCGAUACCUCAAAGGAAAGAAGGCUACCCUGAAACAACGCAUGGCCCAAAGCCUCUGUUUUCCACUGUUUAUUCACAACAACCACAUUCACCAACUUCAAACCCGACACCUCAAAGGAAAGAAAGCUACCCUGCAACAACGCAUGGGCCAAAGCCUUUGUUUUCCCCUGUUUAUACUCCACAAUCACAUUCACCAACUUCUAAUCCAACACCUCAAAGGAAAGAAAGCUACCCUGAAAAUACGCCACAUUCACAUUCACAUUCACCAACUCCUCAAAGAAAAGAAAGCUACCCUGAAACAACACAUGGCCCAAAGCCUCUAUUUUCCCCUGUUUAUACACCACAAUCACAUUCACCAACUUCUAAUCCGACAUCUCAAAGGAAAGAAAGAUACCCUGAGACAAAACACGAUGUAAACCCUCAUUUUCCCCCUGGUUCUACGCAACAACCACAUUUUUCAACUGCAGAUCCAAAAUCUGAAAAUAACGAAAGUUACCCCAAGAAGACAAAAGGUUGGAAGUCUCUGUUUUCCCCCGCUGCUAAGCAACAACCACACUCUCCACCAACAUCACAUUCAACACCUGAAAUGAAACAAAGCUACCCUGAUCAUGAACUGCGAAGUUGGAAACCUUCAUCUACCCCUACUUCUCCACCAAAGGAACAAUACAGUCCACAAAUAGAAGGCCAUUACCCUGAAAAAAUCCAGGCCGGGGAGCAUUUUCCACCUCCAUAUGAGAAUACACAGGAACCGCGCUAUGGUGCAAUCGUCCCACCACAUGGAACCAUUGAUAGCAGUGAGGCCAGGAAAAGGUAUGCUAACUUAAAACCAGUGUCCCCAGCACAGAAGAAGUACUCAGGAACAAUUGAUAGCAGAGAGGCUGUGAAAAAGUACAAUGGUGCAUUUGUUCCAUAG